AUGUCAAGCUCGGACGCCAAAACACCUUCGAGCAACGCGGGUCUGCAUUACGUGGAAAACUUCACUAACCCUUACGUUAAGAUUAUUCUUGUGUGUAAAAUUUGUAACAAGGAAAUGUCUCUAAAAUUUUCAAGCAAUUGGAAGAAGCAUUAUUUGACUCAUGCGUCCAACGAUGAAAAACCACACAAGUGUACGUUGUGUUCCAAGGCUUUUAUCACUAUUACAGCGUUGAGAAAGCAUGUGGCGACAAAACAUUCAGACGUUAAACAAGAUCGAAGUUCUGAUGUUUGUACUAACAUAAAACAAGAACAGCAGGAAUUUGUGUACUUUUAACUUUUUGUUCCUACUCUAGUUUGUCAGUUAUUUUUGUGUACCUGACGAUAUUUGUCAAUACCUUUGCUUGCAUGUAUAAAUUGAAGUUUGUUUGUUACGCAUAUAAAUGAUUGCGCUUAUAGAUAAGUAGAUGGGUCACAGUAGUUGUCAGGAAGGAGUGAGUUGACUGCGAAACAUGUAUGUAGUACUAGAAAUAAUGUCUUGUUUUCACAGAGCCACACCAAACUGCACGCACUGGACGGCGUUUUGACAAAACCAUGUGCUUUGUCAGAUUUGAAAUAUAUCGAGAACUUCAAAAAUCCUUACGUAAAAGU